CCUUUCAGGUCCCUGCAGUCCAAAUCCCUGUCACAAUGGAGGAACCUGUGAGAUAAGCGAAGCGUACCGUGGGGACACGUUCAUCGGCUAUGUCUGCAAGUGUCCCCGAGGAUUCAAUGGGAUUCACUGUCAGCACAACAUAAACGAAUGUGAAGCUGAGCCUUGCAAAAAUGGCGGAAUAUGUACUGACCUUGUGGCUAACUAUUCUUGUGAGUGUCCUGGUGAAUUUAUGGGAAGAAACUGUCAAUACAAAUGCUCUGGCCCACUUGGAAUUGAAGGCGGAAUCAUAUCAAAUCAGCAAAUCACUGCUUCCUCCACCCACCGAGCUCUUUUCGGACUCCAGAAGUGGUAUCCUUACUAUGCACGCCUUAAUAAGAAGGGGCUCAUAAAUGCGUGGACAGCUGCAGAAAAUGACAGAUGGCCAUGGAUUCAGAUAAAUUUGCAAAGAAAAAUGAGAGUUACUGGUGUGAUUACUCAAGGAGCCAAGAGGAUUGGAAGCCCAGAGUAUAUAAAAUCCUACAAAAUUGCCUACAGUAAUGAUGGAAAGACUUGGGCAAUGUACAAAGUGAAAGGCACCAAUGAAGACAUGGUUUUCCGUGGAAAUGUUGACAACAAUACACCAUAUGCCAACUCUUUCACACCCCCCAUAAAGUCACAGUACGUGAGACUCUACCCCCAAGUUUGCCGAAGGCAUUGCACUCUGCGAAUGGAACUUCUUGGCUGUGAACUCUCGGGCUGCUCUGAGCCUCUGGGUAUGAAAUCGGGACACAUCCAAGACUAUCAGAUCACAGCCUCCAGCAUCUUCAGGACGCUCAACAUGGACAUGUUCACCUGGGAGCCCAGAAAAGCUCGACUGGACAAACAAGGCAAAGUGAAUGCCUGGACCUCGGGCCACAAUGACCAGUCACAGUGGCUGCAGGUGGAUCUUCUUGUCCCUACCAAAGUGACUGGCAUCAUUACGCAAGGAGCAAAAGAUUUUGGUCAUGUACAGUUUGUUGGUUCCUACAAACUAGCUUACAGCAAUGAUGGAGAGCACUGGACUGUAUACCAGGAUGAAAAGCAGAGAAAAGAUAAGGUUUUCCAGGGCAAUUUUGACAACGACACCCACAGAAAAAAUGUCAUCGACCCUCCCAUCUAUGCACGACACAUAAGAAUUCUUCCUUGGUCUUGGUACGGGAGGAUCACAUUGCGGUCAGAGCUCCUGGGCUGCACACAAGAGGAAUGAGUACACUGCACACCCCACAACCCUCUUCUCUGUGUCCCCAAAAGCAUCUCAUUGGAAUGGACUGUGCAAACCUGUAAGAAGCUGAAUGGGUUGUUUUUUUUUCAUGAACAAAGUGCUUAAAUUAUGGUAGGCCAUUAAAUUGUCUUCUUCAGGAGGUCUAAGCCUGCCUUUUCAAUGAUUUCAUUUGAUUUUAUUGGUCAAAUAUCUUAAGUAACGUCACAUUAACUGUGAAUUGCUUUUUUCAUUGUUUUCUGAAUUAUGCACCUUGGUUGAAAUAUAUUAGGGAAAAAAGUAGCCUUCUAUUUAUAGCAAGAGCAAAAAAAAUAAUCUCAAAGUCAUCAAACAAAAGCAAGAGUUGAUAGGAGUUUUACAAUCAAUGCUUUAGCUAACUCUUAUAAAAAGAAUACUGCAAGGUUAGCAAUAAGUUUUUUUUUUUUCCUUCUAUAACAACUUUACAUUAUCCUGUUUUCCUGUGCCUCACAAACACGGUCAGUGUUUAUAACAAAAUUUUGAAGAAGAAUCUGUAACAUGCAGUACCACUUGAUAUUAUAUUUCUCAUUUUACUUUCAUUAUUUCUAAUCAGAGAUUAAGUGACGUUAUUUUCCCUUUUGGUUCUUUCUGUCUUUAUAUUGUGCAUUGCCUGAAUAAGUUAAUAUUUUUUUCUAAUUGAAUUUUUUCCUGUUAGUUGCCUAAAAGAAGUGUCAUGUGUAUCUAUAUAAUCAGAACAUGAUUGAAUAGCAGUAGAUUGAUCUGUUUUUUAUAUCAGUAGAUUAAGUCUAUAGUUUUAUUUUUGAAGGAAGCUGUAACUAUGUAAUUUCCAAAUACUUCCUUCAUUAAGUAUCUUCUUAUACUACCAGUUUUCAAAAAGAAACAACCAAAAAAAAUGUAUGUUUCUUUAAAUUUAGAUCUUCAUUUUGAUGGCAUUUACAUAGCCUUAUAUUUACCUUAAAAUAAUAGACUCAUGAAUUCUUUAUCUAUUUUUUAAAAAUUUUAGCAAACAAAUAUUAACCCAGUGUUGCAUAGCUGGCCAAGCAUACUCGUUAUUUCUUUGUUCAUUUCCACAUUUCCUGUGAAACUAAGAUUUCAUUGAGAUUUGAAACUGCUGUGGUUUCCCAGGAAGCACAAUGUGUAGUUAUUUGUGAGAAGUAAAAUAUUUACCAAUGACAAAGUCGUAAACCAUUUCAAGAUGAAAAUUGAUUUCUAUUUAUUUUGCUUCAAAGGUUCUGAAAAAAUAAGCAAUUAUCAUAACAAUUUGUUAUUGAUAAUGGAGAUUUCAUUGACAUGUCUCUCAAAUUAAAGCUCACACUGGCUCCAUAAAAGUCUUCAGCAUCCAAUUUAUAUGCCUUCCAAGUAUUUAUUUUAUAAGGCUUAGACAGACUUAUUGGAGUUUUAAAUGAAGGGUCUUGGAAAAGAAAGGAUGGUAUGUGUACGAAAUAUUAAGGCCCUACACAACACUGCUAGUUAUUUUUUUGUUUGUUUGUUUGUUAAUCUUUGAUAUUUGUGCUGCAGAUCAGAAGCCCCUAGACUGUUACUGUCUUGUCUGUCCACGUGUUAACAGCAUUUCUUGAUGAUGUAUAUGUGGAGUUAUCUUCAACCAUAGUGAAGAGUUUAAAGAGAAAGUCAAUCAUAUUGGCAUUUUUAAUAAGAAAAACUUAGUGGGUCUACAGAAUUGACUGGCCACACAUGAGUGCCAUGCCCACAUGCUAUGUACUUUAUUAUAAGUUCUUAUUAUGAAAUUAUUGACUGAAAGCUUCCAAAAUGGUGAUCAGUUUUCAAUAUCUCUUGAAAACAAAAUUGCUAUGUCCUCAAAAAUACCUUUUUAUGAUGAAUUUAAAGGGAGGGUUUAAUAUCUUUAGUUGGUUAAAUUUUAAUGUCAUGUGACAAAAAAAUUACUUAGAUUCAAAAGUAUACACACACUUACUCUCUAGCCGAUGGCACUUAUUUCUUUCAAGAGUACUGUCUCACUGAAGGUACUUAUUUCUAGCCAUUUUACUUUGCAGGUUAUGCAUGAUUUCUCAUUCUUAAAGAGUGUAACUUUAAAAUUACGAGUAAUGGUUUGUGAUGAUUUAAUUUUUUGAAAUUAUUUAUGUUCAUAUGUUUUGAAUUUUUUCCAUUGAUAAUUGCUUUAAAAAUAUUUUACAAGAGACUUGCUUGAAAUUAUACCUGCUACCUUUGAGAGCAAGACAUUGAAAUGGCUUUCUUUUGCUUUUGCAUUUCCUCUCCAUUCUAUAUGUUCUCCCCAACCGCAUGUCCAGUGGAAUGGCUAUUGCCCAAAAUUGAUGACAGCAAAGGAAUUCCCACAUGGAGAAAUCUUGAAAGUUAUUGUGGAGUAGUAUUAUGAAAUAGCUUUUGUGUCACCUGUAUCAAUGGCAUCAAAAUGAAGCAAAUUUAUUCUAUUUAAUUCCAUUAAAACAAAGUAUCAUCAACCAAAUACACAGAAGAAUCACCUAGUCUUCACCCUAUUAAGUAACUGUAAUAUGCUAGUUUUAUAAGUUAUUAAAUUAAAAUGUUAAUCAUCUCCAUUUUAUAUACAUCAUUUUAAAACAUUCAUCAUAGUUACAAAUUUUAAUUUUAGGAUUGACUUUCUCUUCUUGAAUGACUUCAUAAAAAUUGCUGUGAAUUUUGAAGAUUUGGGGGUACUAAUGAUUGUAUCAUUGCUAGUCAACAAAUUAUGAAACAUAAUACUCAAUGCUGGUGUCUGAUGUGUUAAUAAGUACAGAAAUAACUAAGACACAAAUAACCUUUGCAAAUUUUCAAGCUGUGUAAUAUUCCAAUGUUGGUUUUUUCUUUGUAUAUAUACUUAUAUCAUGUAGGAUGUUGUAAAAUCAGUAUGACCUUGUCUAGUCUUCAAACUUAGAAAUAAAACUUUGGAAAAUCUGGGAUACUUUGGGAGCAGUUGUAAUUAAACACAUUUGUGAAAAUACAUAAAUUGUCUGAAUGUGAAUACUCACCACUCUUGACCACA